AUGAACGAGCUUAGACCUCUGAAACAAACAUCUGAGAGGGAUGAAGUUAAGAGUUCAACUAAAUAUUUACAUCCUAAAAGCAGAAAAUGUAUAGCAUUAAUCAAACAAUUAAAAAAAAAAUCAAAGAAAGUAAAAGCUAAACAAGAAAGCAGAUAUAAACAAACUUUAUUAGCUGAAAAACUAUUAUGGUUCCAGAAGAAUUUAAAUCAUGAAAUUCAUGCAUAUACAGCUGAACUAAUUUCUUUAUUAAUUGAAAAGUAUAUUGCUCGUAAUGAUGAUGAACUACAGCAAAUUAAUAUUAAACGAUCAAUUGGGGGUAAAAGGAAUCAGCAACAUGCUAGCCGCGAAGAUGCAAUUCGUAUAACGAAAGAAAGAGAAAUAAGGGACUAUGAAAGUUGUGGUAUAGAAAUACCCAAUCUUUUGAAUCCAAUUCAAUAUGAAUUGCUUAAAAAUUGGAAUGGAGAUUUAAAGUUAUUACCCAAUUUUAAACUUUGUCAUUUUAAAAAAUAUUUAGAUAAUGAGAUAAUCAAGGAAAAAAAAUAAUAUACAUA